AUGACUUUUGAAGAUACUGCUCAAGAAUCUUCUGCUAUUGCUGCUUCUCCUCAAUUUCAAUCAUAUCUUAAUAAUGAUGGUAUUGAUGAUUUACAACCUACCACAAGAAAACAUCGUGUUUCUUCAUUAUCCUUGUCUGAUUUGAAUCAAUGGCAAAAUGGUUUAACCAAAUUAACUUCUUCAACUUCAUUAUCGAAAAAUUCAUCAUCUGAUUUAAAAAAAGUUGAUUCAUUAGCUAAAUUAUCUAGAAACUCAUCUAUAAUAAGAAGAAAGAAGAAAACCGUGAUUGACCAUGUAAGAGUAGCCUCUUAUGCUUUCUGUUUCGAUAUUGAUGGGGUUAUAUUAAGAGGUCCAAACACUAUACCCGAAGCUGUGGAAGCUAUGAAAUUAUUAAAUGGUGAAAAUAAAUAUAAUAUUAAAGUUCCUUCUAUAUUUGUUACCAAUGGUGGUGGUAAACCAGAAUCUGCCAGAGCUACUGAUUUAAGUCAAAGGUUACAAUGUACUAUCACUCCAGCUCAAAUCAUUCAAGGUCAUACUCCUAUGAAAGAUUUAGUUGGUGUUUAUCAAAAUGUUUUAGUGGUUGGUGGUAUAGGUAAUGUUUGUCGUAAUGUAGCUGAAUCUUAUGGUUUUAAACAUGUUUAUACUCCUAUUGAUGUUUUAAAAUGGAAUCCUGCUGUAUCUCCAUAUCAUGAUUUAAGUGAAGAAGAUAAAAAAGCUGCCAAAGAAGUUGAUUUUUCAAAAGUUUCAAUUGAUGCAAUUUUAGUAUUUGCUGAUUCAAGAAAUUGGGCCGCUGAUCAACAAAUUAUCUUGGAAUUAUUAUUAAGUAAACAUGGAGUAAUGGGUACAGAAUCAAAAACUUAUGAUGAAGGUCCUCAAAUUUAUUUUGCUCAUUCUGAUUUUAUUUGGGCUACAAAUUAUAAAUUAUCAAGAUAUGGUAUGGGUGCUUUACAAGUUUCUAUUGCUGCUUUAUAUCGUGAACAUACUGGUCAUGAAUUAAAAGUUAAUAGAUUUGGUAAACCUCAAAAAGGUACUUUUAAAUUUGCAAAUAAAGUUUUAACUCAUUGGAGACAAGGUGUUUUAGAUGAACAUUUAAAGAAAUUAUCCAUUGAUGAUCCAAAUGCUUUAACUGAUGCUGAUAUUCUUAUAAAUGAACAUGGUGAAGAAAUCAUUAAUCAAAAUAGAUUGGAGACUUAUGAUGAUGAAAAUGAUUCAUCUGAUGGUGAAAUUAAGGAACCAUUGGCUCUUGUAAAGAAGUCAGAAAAGAUUACUUUAGAAUUACCUCCAGCUUCUACCGUUUAUUUUGUGGGUGAUACUCCUGAGUCAGAUAUUAGAUUUGCCAAUUCUCAUGAUGCAUCAUGGCAUUCAAUUUUAGUAAAGACUGGGGUUUAUAAAGAUGGUACUGUUCCAAAAUAUACUCCAAAACAUCUUUGUGAAAAUGUUUUAGAUGCUGUCAAUUAUGCCAUUGAAAGAGAACAUCAAAAAGAAUUAUUAGAAUGGAAUGAAACCGCAGGUAAUGAUUCAGCCAAUGAUUCUUCAAGUAAUCUUAGUCAUAAGAUUAACUUUGCUGAUUUAGUGAUGACUCCAUCUGAUAGUAAGAGAGAUGAACCAGUAAAGGUUAAGAAACCAGUGAACAUUGAACAUGAAUCAAUUGAAGUUCCAGUGGUUUUAACUCAAGAAAUUGAAAAGAUUAAAGAUAUCGGUAUCCUGAAAUAG